CAUACAUGUAUGAAAUCAUUGCAAAAAAUAUGUGGGAAAUAAUAAUCGGUUUCGCAAUCAUAUCAAUUAUAAUUGUGUUAUUAAUUGUAUGGCUAUUCUCGCGACUGGACUGCGAUUUACAGCUAAUACUAUACGAAAAGUUUGGUCACUCAGUGAACGACCUGAACGGUAAGGUGUGUUGGAUUACCGGCGCCAGCAGUGGUAUCGGCGAGUCGUUGGCCUAUUUGUUGGCCACAAACGGUAUCAAACUGGUCCUCUCGGGCACUAACCAUCAGCGCCUGCAACACGUGAAGACACAGUGCGUUAGUUUUGGCCAAUUGGACGACAAGGAUGUGCUGAUUGUGUGCUUUGAUAUCAAAGACCACGAGAAACACCAGCAAUGUUUAGAGCAAGUGUUGGCCCACUUUAAACGCCUGGAUAUACUGGUGUCAAACGCCGGCCGCAGCCAAAGGGCAGCCUUUCAGGACAUCAAUAUAUCGGUCGAUAAAGAGAUUUUUGACAUUAAUGUCUUCGGACUCAUCGGUUUGGCGAGAGUUGUGUUGAAGUAUUUUUUAGAGCAACAAAUAAAGGGUCAGUUUGUGGUGACGUCCAGCGCUGCCGGAAAGAUAGGUGCGCCCCAGUCGUCCUCUUACACCGGCUCUAAACACGCCCUUCACGGUUAUUUUGAAUGUCUACGAAAUGAGGUGCAAUCAUUGGGUAUGUGUGUGACAGUGGUGUGCCCGGGACCGGUCUACUCGCGUAUACUCGAGAGCCUAUACACCGACCGAAUCGACGUCAAAGUCAAUAACGAGACGAACCACAAGAAUCGGCACCGAAUGGAGACGAGUCGGUGCGCGUAUCUGAUGGCCGUCGGAGUGGCCAACGGGUUGGACGAGUUGUGGAUCUGUCGACAGCCACUGCUGUCGCUGUACUAUUUGACACAAUACGCGCCCACAAUCACUAGACGCCUGAUGCCGAGGUUGGCCUCACCCGAGCGCCUCUAUAGCGUUAGGGAAGGCGUUAAACAAGUGUAGCCCCGAGUUGUG